AUGUUUGUGGAUUAUUCCAGCCAAAAUAAGUUCAUGAGCAUCAACUACAAAUUCGCAGACAAGUACCUUGAAAUGCUUCACAUCGAAAAGCUUUCAUCUCCCGAAAAUAGACUGGAAUGCCUAAAGGUGCGUACAGAAGGCCUCGGGAUUAAAAUUAUCCAAAACUUGGAAAUUAAUGACUUUGCUGGCGAUUUUAACUGGAUUGUUUACCUCUAUGGGCUCGUGCUGUCUAAAGAACAAAUGUUGGAAUGCGGCGAAACUUUGUUAAGCUGCCCAACAUUGUAUAUGGUGGAAUUUGCACUACAAGGCUGCCGCAUUGAGGACGCGUUUAGUGAGGAAAGCACCUUAAGCUCACAACUGAAGCUUGCCAUCAAGUGCGCCUACUACGAAUUCAUUGGUCCGUGCGAAAAAAUCAUCUAUUCUUUGAAGACGCACUUCCUUUCUUUAAGGCCCAGAUAUGACCUGCCUUUUAACAAGUUCGGCUAUUUUCAGAAAGUACUUUAUAAUGAAAUGUUCACCGAUCAAGCCGGGAAUUACAAGAUACACGCGGGGCUCUUGAUAAUGCCUUCCAAAUUCCCUUCUUCAUAUAGGAUACUCAUUAGCGAGGAAGGCUACCCGAAAUCCAACAUUAAGGUUCGGUUCCACAAGUGGUCGGGCUAUCGAGCUAAAAGCAAUUUGAAUAGGCUGGAAAUGAACGAUGUGAAACCUUCCUGCAUAGAAAACAAAGUCAUAAGCGUGUGGAAGCAAGGGCAUUCUAGCGAGCUUUUUGGACACUAUUCGUAUAUGCUGCGGUUAGGGAAGCUUCCUUCCAACGAGGAACCACCAAGUGAAACAACCGUUGUGAUGAAAGACAUUAAAGCCCGAUCGGCCAAGCGAACUGAAAAGCUACGACAAUUUGAGGACUUUGUUACGUCUGGAAACUCGUGGAGCAGCCAAAAAGGGCAAGGUGUUAGCUCCACCUACAAAAGUGCUGACCUAAGUUUUGAAGGCUGUCAGAAUAGUUUCAAUAGCAAAACGGAUCCUUCAAAUGAAGUUUUGGAAUUUAAAGCACGGCCCUCAAAAAGAUCUCGUAUACUGCCAGAGGGCGUCAUGAGAUCUGACAGCACUGCAUGCAACACAAGCAUUCAGGGCCAUAUUGUUUCCUCCCGAUGUGGUGAGCAGUCUCCUACUUCAUUUAUAAAGGAAAAUUGUACUCCUGUACCUAUUGAACCUCCCAACACCGCAGGGGAUACAAACGCAGGUCCUCAUGAAAUCAUGCGUAAAACGAGCUCUGGCGUCUACGAAAACAACAAGAUUAACUCGUCACUCAGCAAUAAGUACUCAAGGCCAAAAGGUCAGCAAACGUGUGUUCUAGCACAGUGCGAAAAGCCCCUUCUUCCAAAAAAACGUUUGCUAGUAAAGAGUGGAACGGCGGGUUAUAGAGAGAUGACUGAACUUGAAAAAGAUAUCUACCAUUUACUUGAAAUUCGUCAAACUCCGAAAGGAGUCAGGGGUAGUGCGCCGCUCCCUUCUAGAUCAGACAAAAUCAGCGCUGAGAAGGCGAAGAGAUUUCAACAAGUACGGCAAGAGUUGAUGGAAAAUGAAGAAGAGUUCUUGUUUUCAAGUAAAAAGGCUGGACCGCCUUUAUCUGGCGACGGUGUUAUAGACCGCCAUUUGAAGAUAGCCGCAUCCACAUCCAGGCCACAAAACGCCAUAAAUCCAAAUCUCGUCAAAAGUUUGAAACCCGUCAGCGAGAUUGUUGCCAUUAUUGAAAAAGCUGAGAAGGUAGUGGCUGGACAAGACCUAGUACAACAACUUGAAGGGAUCAGCCAAGAACUCAAAUGUUCAAAGUCACUUGAAUCGCUUAGUAGUUCCACAUUGGGAAAAUCCUUUGACAACUAUUCAACGGCUCGAUGUUACUCAAGCCCCGGAGUUCCUGUAAAUGAGCGCGGAAAGAACAAAACCAUCGCUCCUGCUGAGAAGGCUGCAUGUCCUCCGGGGGAAAACCCACUACCAAAUGCAUCAAUCGUCCAGAACAGAGUAACAGUCCCUUUAGACAAAGCUUUAUCAUCAAAUGAUUUUUACAAGUUCAUGAACAGUUCGGAGACUUUGGAUAGCGAACAAUCGGUAAUAAUAAGAAGACACCUGUUUUCUUCCGAGCACGAAGUUCAAGGCCAGGUUUAUCCAUCGCCUGAAGGUCAGAAAGAGAACAAUGCGUCCUUAUCUGGGGAGUUCCUUAUUGAGGCUAACAGCGUGUCUAGUUCCUAUGACUCUUCCGAGAUACCUGAGAAGUGUUGCGUACGAAGUUGGCAGCACAUCACGGAAGCUAAAAAUAGUAUAGAAGCAAAGAAACGCCCCGAGCGUAGUUCUUGUGAAGCUGUUUUCUCGUAUGAGCCAUCGGACUCGAGUCCGGAACGUUUGAAAGACCUUUCGGCCGGGGAGUUUUCAAACUUCAGAAACAGAAAUUCAGCGCUACUGACCACCAGCAAAGAUUCAGGCUCUUAUUCGGCAUCACAGCCUUGCUCCCCCACAUUCUCUGACGCCGCUUCACUCGCAACGUCGCACACAAGACCUCUGGAUCUUAAAUCCAAGUGUGCUUCUGAGUGUUCUAACAAUGCUCUUUGCGCAAAAAAUCGAUACUGUUCUAUUGAAAGCGGCUACGUUGCAACAGAGCUUCCUGUUUUCAAAAUCAAUGAAAACGACCCAGAUCUCCUUUACCGCGUGUAUAUGGCUGAUCCACAGAACUGCCUUGGGCAGCCUGAAGUUAUAUUCAGAAAACCAUUUGAGCAAAGGUCAAACGGGCUAACCCAAAAACUUCGGAAGUUUAUGUCGUCACAUUCCAGCUCCAGAAAAAAUACUAAAAGCGAACCAACCUAUCAGGAAAUGUAUCCUGCCUUGUCAAACAUUCGAUUUAGAGAUUUUUUGAGGUUCAAAAGCAGGAAGUUGAGAGAGGAUGUCAGGUAUUUCUCUCACGUCGCGAAACUAUGUGUAACUGAUUUCAAAGAGAGGCCAAUAACCGCAGAACGCGAGCUAUACGAACAAUUUAAGUAA